AUGACGAACAUUGCCUCACCUACUCAACAGCAGGCCCAGGAGCAGCCGCAGGGCGAGAAGACUGAGCCGAAAACGAACAACGCUGAGAAGCAGACUCGAUCCAGUCAACACUCGAUGCCAUGCGGUAAGGUUGUUGAGGUUCCUCAUCUGACUUGGGACGAUGCCGUCCAUUUCAAGCACAAGAUGACCUCCGCCACUAAGGUUAAGCCUACGACUAAUCUGCGGUCUAUGCCUGAUCUGAUUGUCAAUGGCAAGGUUAUCCCUGCCAAAUCUACCUCUGGAAAACACCAGCGCACCAAUGCUACUCAGCCUGAGGCGGAGCCACAGUUUUUGCCUGAGCUCACUCCUGAGAACGUCUCGCAGGGUGUGCUGGUCCAGAGCCAGACGACUGUUGGAGUAGCCCGGGAGUACCAACCUGAGAUUAGGAUGAAACGCACCAGAGCUACUGCCGAUCGUCCUGGUCUUCUCACAAUCAGCCUCGUCUGCACCAGCCUUGCCCCAGGCCGCGGCAAGAUUGCAAAAGGCACCACCUCCGUGUUCGCGAUCCGCGACAACGCUCCGAUAUGGUUCAAAUUGGUAAGUAGAAAUCACCCAGCCAACAUUUUAUGCCCAGAGCCGGUUGCAGAGUGGCUACACUUCCGCGUCAGUGAGGCGCAGGCUUCCCAAUGCCACCGGCAUGAAACUGGCGUGAUCAAAGCCCCAGCCGAGGCUCACAAACCAACCGGCCUUCCGUGCUCAGGUGGUGCAACCCAGUCUCCGACGAAGCAAGCUCAAGGUGGAUCAUCUCAGCCUCCCGCUCCCAUCGCUUCCGAUGACAAAGACACCAUUACGCUAGACAUGGACAAACCAUUCCCAUCUGUAGCCGAAGUCCAGGCUGUAUACGCGCAGCCACAGGCUCGUUCCUUCUCCACCACCCACGAGCGUCCAAAGCUACGAGUCACCAUCCCCGAGAACCUCCGCCACCUCACCGCCCCUGCAGGCGCCCGAGCCACCGUUCCCUCCGCCGCUAAGAACUCGACCUCGACUCCCCUUAACGCCUCCUCCCGCACUGAGUCUCUUGCUAAGACGUCGCGGACGCCCCUUGCUGAACUUCCUUGA